AUGAAGGAAGCAAUUGUGAACCCAGACAUUUCCGUCGACGUUAAGGACUCCCCCAUCCCCGAGCCGGGGCCGGGCGAGCUCCUCAUCAAGGUCCUAGUCUCAGGAACGAACCCUAAGGACUGGAAGCUGCCCGCCUGGGUCGGCUCCGCACAUAACUCAGGCGAUGACGUCGCCGGCAUAAUCGAGAAGGUCGGCUCCGAGGUCUACGAGUUCGAAAAGGGCGACCGCGUCGCCGGCUUCCACGUCAUGCGCACCGAGCACGGCAGCUUCGCAGAAUACGCCAUCGUGCCGGCCUUCUCGACGUUCCACCUCCCCAAGAACGUCACCUUCGAGGAGGCCGCGACGGUGCCGCUGGCCGCGUACACGGCCGCCGUCGCGCUGUUCCACUCCCUCGAGAUCCCGUCGCCCUGGGACCGCAACCGUGAGACCAAGGCGCCCGUCAUCAUCUACGGUGUCAGCACGGCCAUCGGGGCGUUUGGCGUCAAGCUGGCGAAGAGGGCCGGCGUGCACCCACUCAUCGCGGUCGGCAGCAAGAACAGCGCCUUCGUGACGGGGUUAUUGGAUGAGAAGGCCGGCGAUGUGUUUGUGGAUUACACUCAGUUCGAGAACCAGGAUAAGCUCGCGGAGAAGCUGAGGGAGGUUAUCAAGGGGACCGGGUCGCGCUGCUUCAAGGCGUUCGACUGCGUGAGUGAGCACGGAUCGUUCGAGAUGCUUGGAAAGGCUAUUCAGGGACCGCCUGAGGAGGCCACGGGAUUCAAGCCCAGAGUCACUACUGUGCUUCCGGGAAGGGACUUCAGCGCGAUCGAUAAGAGCGUCGAGAUUGUUGUUACCAGCGUUGGACAUGUUCAUGAGGAAGAGGGACAGGGUCGCUUGUUUGGUUUGAUUUGGGCUCGCGUGUUUGCUGAGGGCUUGAGGACGGGAUGGAUGAAGCCGCACCCGUACGAGGUUGUGAAUGGUCUUGAGGGCAUUUCAGGCGCUUUGAAGGGCCUGAAGGAUGGUACUGUUCGUGCGAAGAAGAUGGUUAUUCGGAUUGCCGACGGCCAGUAA